AUGUACAGAUCCGGUGUGCGUGCACGUGGGAGUCCUGACCCGGACCUGGUGGACACGCUGCCGAUGUGCGGAGAGGGCCGGGAAGGGAGAGCAUGCUCGUAAACUGCAGUCGCACACACAUACACUGCCUGGGUGUCUAAGUGUGAAGGGUGUGUGGAUGCAUUCAUGGGUUCCUUUCAGAGUGUGCAAGGAGGGCUACUACAAGAGCGGCGGCAAAUGCAUCGACUGUGGCUCGGACGCGCAGAGCGUCGUGCCCUUCGUCUUCACCAUCAUAAUCCUCUUCCUCCUUGGCCUGCUCUUCCACGUGUUCGUCAACGCUCCGCAGAGCAGGAAGAUCGCCGUCACCCUCAACAUCUCACUCACACUCGGAAUGCUCAUCAACUUCAUGCAAAACCUCACGUACGCACAACGCUGUUGCCUUCACACAACGGGCACCAGGUCGUGUUGUGCUGGUGAUUCUUUGGUGCAGCAUCGUCGGUGCGGCCAUGCACCAAACCAAUCACUCACUGAUUGUUUGUCUGAGGCUUCCUGCCUUCCCUGUCCUAUGCCAGGGACGUUCAACAUCAAAUUCCCGUCGUAUAUGAAAGGGCUCUUCAAAGUGUCCUCGAUUUUCCUGUUCGACAUCCACUUCGUCCGAAUCGGUGUGUGUAUGGGGGACCGACCAUCCAUUCGUGCCCUGGUCCAUGUGCGUAUGUGUGUGGUGAAGGCUGCGUGGUUGGCCGGACGCCUCUCGCGAGCUAUGUCACGAGGCAGCUGGUGCCGAUCGUCCUGGCCAUCAUAUUCUACUCGCUGUGGGGUCUCUUCUGGUGCCUCAAGCAGAUGAGACUCUUCCCAGGCAGGCCGUAACCGCACCCACACGUGCAUUCACCUCAGCUCAUGCAUGUCUCAUGCCCUGUGUGUGCACAGGAGCAGAUUAUGAGAUCCCGAGGGAGCGCAGCCGUAGAUCGUCGCUCACAAGGGUCAUGUUUCGAGUGGCUCACGGGAAGGUAGGCAGACAAGCGAGAAGCACACACUCACGCCCCCUGCGUUCAUCCCUUAUGCAUCCAGGACGUCUCUCGGCGUAUCCACAGAGCGCCCGAUAGCGACGCCAAGCCCCAGCACAAGGUGAGCAGCACCACAGAGGACGCCAACAACAAUAACAACAACAACAACGACGACGACGAGCUGCCAGAUGAGGCCUUCCCCACCGGCGGCGAGCUCGCAGAGGAGCCGGCGGACCAGCAGGAGGCCCGGCGCCGUGUGUCCAACAUGGAUGUGCUGUCACCCAGCAUGAGGGAGCGCACUCAUCACAUGUUGAAGGAUGUCGCUGAGGAGGAGAAAGAGAAGGAAGACAAGAUCAUGAUAACGGCGGCGUUUGCGGGGUCAAGGAACCCGUUUGUGAGGUGGGUGGAGACGCUCGUCGCGGCCGACAUCUUUAACUUUGACAAAUAUUGCAACAGGUGUCACGAGGGAGGGAGUAGGGGAGAAAGCUGGCUGUCUUCUUGUCAUGUGUGUGAGUGGUGUGAGUGCAGUCUGGGUAUGGCUAUUCAAAUCCUCUACAUCUCGUUUGUCAACAAUGCAUGUGCCGCAUUCCAGGUACACACACAGAGAGUUGGAUGGAUGGAUGGAUGCGUGUGUGCAGUGUUUUGACCAUCCGAACGGCAAGAGCACGUUGCUCGAGUAUCCUGAGAUCCUCUGCGACAGCCAGGAGUGGCGCUCUCAGUUCCUCCCAAUCGGCGUGCUCGUGAUGAUCAUCUACGUGGUACCAAUGCACUCCAUAGACAGCCAACACAGACAGGCAGACAGAGAGCCAGACAGGCAGACAGACGGAUGGCGAUCCAUCCAUCUAUGCCCAUGUCGGGGUGUCCGUCUGUCUGUGCAGGGUGGCGUGUAUGCCUUCUUCUCCUACAUCAGUAUUGUGGCUCCCUGGUAUUACGAGUACGUUUCAUUCAAGGAACGAUUCCAAUUCCUAUUCUUCCGGUGAGUGAGUCAGUCAGUCAGUCACAGAGAGGGAGGAAAGGACCGCAACCUACCUAGUGUUGCUGUCUGUGUCUGUGUUCGCUUGUUUGCGUGCAGAUUUCGGCCUGAUGUCUACUGGUAAGCAGCCCUCGUGUCUCGUACAAGAAUCCCCUUUGCGAUGUCCUGUCUGUCGGUGUGGCCCGCAAUCAGGUGGGGAGUGAUCUUGCUGGCUCGCAACGGGCUGCUGGCGACUGUCACGGGUACGCAGAUUUGCGCGACUAUCCCACCAAUGAGCUCACAUGGUCUGGGUCUUUGCAUUUCUGCGUGUGCAGCCAUGUCGCCGAAUGACGGCCAGUAAGGGACAUUUGCGUGACGAUGGUCGAUCGGAUAAUGUUGCACACCUGGCUGAUGCGAUUUGUGUGUGUGUGUGUGUGUGUGGUCAGUCUCCAGACUCUAAUAACGGUGACACCAUGGCAAAUGUCACCUUGUCACGUCUGCUGA